AUGCAGCUAACAUCCACUUUCGGCGCGUUUCUGGUUGCGGUCACCGUGGUUCACGGCGCGCCCCUUCUGGUCGAGAGACACGUAGACCGGACGGGCAACAUGACGGCCAACGCAAACCCAUCUGGGCCCAUGUCCGGCUUCCGUGGUGGAGGCAACGGCUUCAACCGUGGAAAGAUGCAGGCAAUGGGGAACAACGUGCCUUCUGCGGGCAAUGACGAAUCGGGCACGGAUGGAGGCUUCGGCCAGAUUGGGGGCGCAGACAGUAAUGAGGGCACGGCCAACACCAGCGGUGCAAGUGAGGACGGAGGUUCGGCCGAUAGUGCAGGCUCCGGCGAGAACGGAGGCUCCGGCGAGGAGGCAGCCUCAAGCGAGAACGGAAGCUCAAGCGAGGAGGCAGCCUCGGGCGAGCAAGCAGGCUCAAGCGAAGAGGCAGCCUCAGGCGAAAACGGAAGCUCAGGUGAGGAGGCAGCCUCAGGCGAGAACGCCAAUUCGGCAAGGGGCGCGAGUCCAGGCGGCGCGACAAAUCCAAGCACUUCUGAACCGGGCCAGGGUAGUGGUGGCAAGAAAGGCAAGAAGGUUCAAGAGCGCAACGCUGUGGGUGAUGCGGCCAAGGCUAUCGCUGAGGCCGCCGAGCGCAUCAAAAACUCCCAACAAGGCGGCUCUGGGGGUGGGGAGACCAGCGGCCAGGACUCUGGAAGCGGGAGUCCUCCCCAGGGCGGCGACUCCACCGGCAAGCCUCCUGGGGGGCAGACAGACGGGGGCUCCGGUGGCCCUGGUCAGGAUAACUCUGGUGGCCCAGGGAACAGCUCUGAGCAACCCCCUUCUGAAAAUACGCCUUCCAAACGCCAGACGAUGGGUUCUGACGGCACUCCCGCCAACAGUGGAAGCGGAAGUCCUCCCCAGGGCGACUCCACCGGCAAGCCUCCUGGGGCCCCGACAGACGGGGGCUCUGGUCGCCCCGGCCAGGACAACUCUGGUGGCCCAGGGAACGGCUCUGGACAACCCCCUUCUGAAAUUACAGCUUCCAAGCGCCAGACUAUGGGUUCUGACGACGAAGUGAACCAAACCAAGGACACUGCUCGCCCGGAUGGUACUGGCCAGACUGAGGAUACUUCCAGCCGGACCGGUGCCGAUAACGGGGACGUUUCUCAGCAGGACAGCACGCAGGUCCCCCCACAAGGCAUGGGGCCAGCUACCAUGCAGGGGCCAGCUUCCAUGCCUUCACGUGCUUAG